AUGAAUCCUUGCAACUAUCAAAACUAAAAUACUAAUGGUAUAAACAAUUUUGCUUACUUUCAUCCUCUAUAGCAUUACUAACUAUAUUUGCAUCCAUAAUAUUCAUAAUAUCUAUAAUAUUACUUUUAAAGACAUUUAAACCCUUAUGUUAAUGAAGAAUUUCAAAGCAAUAAGCCAUAAAUUGAAGCUAUCACAAUUUACAGUGAUGAUGAAUAACCCAUUGUGAAGCCAAAGGAAUAAAUUUAAAAGGUCACUCCAGUUUUACAAAUUAACAAAGGAUAGUAGAAGCUUUUGAACCUCGAUUAAUUACAAUUAUAAGGAAAAUUAUAUGAUAACGAAUCGAGUGAUUCGCCUUUAUUAUAAAACAAAGUCUAAAAAUGUUUAAAAUAUCAAAAAUCAAAAAUAUAAAAUAAAAACGAAAACCUAUAAUCACUUAAGUUAAAAAAGAAAAUACUCAAACCAUAAAGAUAACCUAAAAGCUCAAAUCUAAGCAUAAUAAAAUAGAUCUAGAUUGGUAAAUACAGAUAACAAUAUAAAUUUAAUUAGUCAAGUGUUAAAACACAAUUAAUAAAAGUUUACACUAAAAAUGAAGAUGAACUGUAAAAAUUAAGAGAACUCUUGUUGAUUAAUUUUCCAAAUUCGAGUGAUGAAGACGCAGUCAAAUUAUUAAAUGUAACUGGAAAAUCAUAUGAAAAAGCAAUCGAUUUGAUUAAAAAAAAUGAAUUACUUGUUUAAUAUAUCCUUGAAACAAAUAAAAAUAAUGAAUAUCUUGAAGAUGAUGAUAAAACUACUAAAUGA